UUUUCAUCUCGCUUCUCAUUGGACGUUGUGGGAAUUCUCAGCAUCGUGAUUGGUGGGGGUUGAGUUGGGGUGCACAGGAAGGACCCCCCACUUGGGUGCUCGAGCCGAGGACCAACCGCCCAGCAGGCACCUCGCCAUUCACUCACAAGAUCUCGGGGAACGAAGGACUCCAGCCUCUCACUCUUGGUAAAUACACUUCUCUGCUGAUCCAUCCAGUCUACGCAGCAGUCAGUCGUAUCACAGACGUCAACUGCACCAAGGCAGCUUGUGAAGAUGGCGGGAACUGGAGAGACGCACCUCAAACUGUCCGUUCUUCAACGCUCCACCGUUGUCCAAGAUGGAACUCCAAGUGUCUAUGCUAUUCCAAUGGAGCAGACGGCGCGGGAUGAAGACGGGCACUUUGUAAAGCUAGAGUACGGACGUAGCAUUCAGAGCAAUGCAAACAAAGUUAUCAUGAUGGUGGGGGAAACAGGUUCUGGAAAGACAACACUCAUCAAUGGGCUGGUUAACUACGUCCUUGGAGUUGACUGGGAUGACAAAUUCCGCUUCAAAAUGAUUGUGGAGGACAGUAACGCCAACCAGGCAGUGAGCCAGACAAAGGAUGUUACUUCCUACACUCUACAUCACCAGGACGGUUUCCGAACGCCUUAUUCUCUCACCAUCAUCGACACUCCAGGUUUCGGCGACACUAAGGGCAUUAACCGCGACAAAGAAAUAGUGGAGCAACUUCGCAAGUUUUUCACCACCCCAGGAGAUGCUGGCAUCAGCCACAUCGAUGCUAUUGGCUUUGUGGUUCAGGCUUCCCAGGCAAGACUCUCUGUAGGGCAAAAAUACGUCUUUGACAGUAUCCUUGCACUGUUUGGCAAAGACAUAAGUGACAAUAUUUUCCUCCUUGUUACUUUUGCUGACGGACAGGAGCCCGAGGUGCUAAGUGCUGUGAGAGAAGCUGAAAUACCAUACAAGGAAUACUUCCAGUUCAAUAAUUCUGCUCUUUACACCCAGACGGGUAAAAACCAGAGAUUUGCCUCUCUUUUCUGGGAAAUGGGAUGUGAAAGUUUCCAGAUCUUCCUGGAGAAACUCCUCCAUGUCGAAAGCAAGAGCCUCGUUCUUACUAAAGAUGUCCUUCGUGAGCGCAAAAGCAUUGAAGUAUACAUUGAAGGCAUAGAAAAGGAAAUCAGAGUAGGCCUAAGUAAACUGAAUACCCUAGAAAAGGAGAAGAAAUUGUUAAAAGAACAUGAAUUUGAAAUAGAAAAAAACAAAAAUUACACAGUAGAAGUUGAGGAAGAUGUCUAUGAAAAGAAACCUAGUAAUUCGUUUCUUUUUCCAGGAAUGCGUAACUGUUUGAAAUGUGAGCGCACUUGUUGCCAAAACUGCGUGGCUCACACUCUUGGUCUUGGUGACUUAGGGUGCUAUGCUAUGAGUAAUUCAGCGGCUCACUCUCUUGGGUCGGGAUUUGGAGCAAUCUUUGGAUUUCCUCCUACGAGUAUGAACAAGUCAUCGAUGUGUUUGGUCUGCCCUUCACAUUGCCCUGCUGCAGAACAUCAAAUAUGUGACUACAUGUUCUAUGUCACAAGGAAGAAAUCUGUAAAGACGGUGGAUGAAAUUCGUGAACGAUACGAAAAGGCAAGAGGGAAGAAACUGACCGCGCAGAAUCUGAUUGACGAGAUUCAGGCGGAAUAUGAAGAGGGACAGGAAAAGAUACUGCAAAUGGCUGACUGUGUGCGGAAGUCCCUUGAGAGACUAAGGGAAAUAGCUCUGAGACCAGAUCCACUGAGCACUGUCGAAUACAUCGACAUGAUGAUAAAGAAUGAGGAAAGAACAGCAAAGGCGGGAUGGCAAGAAAGGGUUAGUCAGCUUAACCAAAUAAGACAAAUGGCGGAGCAAGUAAAGGAUAUUGAAACAGGAAAUUUUAAUCCAAAUCAGAAAUGCGAGGCUAUGGAUGACGAGCAGUAAAGAGUGAAAAAUCUCCAAAGCAUCAAUGGAAAAUUAACAUUAAGAUUUUUUUUUCAUUUUUUUUUCUCCAUUUCAAUUAAUAUUUCAAAUUUCUCUCUCUCUCUCUCUCUCUCUCUCUCUCUCUCUCUCUCUCUCUCUCUCUCUCUCUCUCUCUCUCUCUCUCUCUCUCUCUCUCUCUCUCUCUCUCUCUCUCUCUCCCUCCCUCCCUCCCUCCCUCCCUCCCUCCCUCCCUCCCUCUCUCUCUCUCUCUCUCUCUCUCUCUCUCUCUCUCUCUCUCUCUCUCUCUCUCUCUCUCUCUCUCUCUCUCUCUCUCUCUCUCACACACACACACACACACACACACACACACACACACACACACACACACACACACACACACACACACACACACACACACACAAUAAAA